UCCUCCUGGAGCUUCUUCCUGCACACAUGCUCGCUCCCCUCUCAUCUUCAGCCAAUGGUCGUUAAGGUCAGGAGCUCGUCCUCUCCGUUCUCUCCUCGGACCUCAAGAUCCCACAGCCUCACUCCUACCUCUCCACUCCCCUCCUCCCACCCUUUUUGGAGAGAGGUGUGCACGCUGGUGUGCGGGUUUUCGUCUCUCCCAGCUGCACGGACGCAACGCAAACCUCAAAGUACUGAGAACACUUUGCAGGACAGGACGCUCCGGGUCGGACCCCGCGAUCUUCCCUUUUUGGAUUUAAGUUUCCAUUGGUUUUUUGGCACAAAAGGGUCUCAGGGGUCCAGUUGCAGCUUGUUGUCCUUUUGAGGGAGUUUCACGCGUCUCCAUUUGGCACCUGUCACCGCCCGCCACUGGGAGUCCGGAGCUGCCAAAGUCAUGCCGGCCGGGUUUCAGCAACUCGGAGGGGAGGCAGUGACUGGAACCCUUGCUCUCUCAGUCUUCACUGCCGUUCUGGGAUCUCUGGAGUUCGGAUACAACAUCGGCGUCAUCAAUGCACCACAGAAGAUCAUUGAGCAGGACUACAACGCGACAUGGAUUCACCGGUAUGGAGAGCCCAUCCCCACCGGGACCCUCACCUCCCUCUGGUCCCUGUCUGUGGCCAUCUUCUCCAUCGGUGGCAUGUUGUCCUCCUUCUGCGUGGGCUUUGUCUCGGAGUGGCUGGGCAGGAGGAAAGCCAUGCUCAUAAACAACCUGUUUGCCUUCAUCGGGGGAAGUCUGAUGGGGCUGUCCAAGCUCUGUCGCUCCUUUGAGAUGAUGAUCCUCGGACGGUUUGUCAUCGGGGCCUACUGUGGUUUAGCAUCAGGGUUGACGCCGAUGUACGUGGGUGAAAUCGCUCCAACGAGCCUGAGAGGAGCACUGGGCACGCUGCACCAGCUGGCUAUAGUCACUGGUAUUCUCAUUGCACAGGUUCUCGGCCUGGAGUCCUUAUUGGGUGGUGAGCACCUGUGGCCUGUUCUCCUGGGUUUGACUGUGGUGCCGACUGUUCUUCAGAUGGCUCUUCUUCCCUUCUGCCCAGAGAGCCCCCGCUUCCUGUACAUCGUCCGCUGCCAGGAGCAUCAGGCCAAGAGAGGUCUGAGGAGGUUGACGGGCCGGCAGGACGUGGGCGACAUGCUGGCCGAAAUGAAGGAGGAGAAGAGGAGGAUGGACAUGGAGAGGAAGGUGUCCAUCCUGGAGCUCUUUCGCUCGCCGCUCUACCGCCAGCCCAUCAUCAUCUCCAUGAUGCUGCAGCUCUCCCAGCAGCUGUCGGGGGUCAACGCAAUUUUCUACUACUCCACCAGUAUAUUCAUGAAGGCAGGAGUCCAGAGUCCAGUCUACGCCACUAUAGGAGCUGGUGUGGUGAACUGUGCCUUCACUGUGGUCUCACUCUUCCUGGUCGAGAGGGCGGGUCGGCGGACGCUCCACAUGCUCGGACUGGCAGGAAUGUGCGUCUGUGCCGUCAUCAUGACCACGGCUCUCGCUUUACUGGAGAGCAUUGCCUGGAUGAGCUACGUCAGCAUGCUGGCAAUCUUCGGCUUCGUGGCCUUCUUCGAGGUGGGCCCAGGUCCGAUCCCCUGGUUCUUUGUGGCCGAGUUGUUCUCUCAGGGUCCGAGGCCGGCUGCGAUGGCGGUGGCCGGCUGCUCCAACUGGACGGCCAACUUCAUCGUCGGCAUGUGCUUCCAGUAUGUCGCUGAUCUUUGUGGGCCAUACGUCUUCCUGAUCUUCGCAGGACUCCUCCUCUUCUUCCUCAUCUUCACAUUCUUCCGCGUGCCAGAGACGCAGGGACGGACCUUCGACCAGAUCUCUGCAAGCUUCCACCAGCACUCAGCGGGAGGAAUGAUGGACAUGGUUAUGGACGCUGACAAGCCCACCGAGCUGGACUACUUGGGCGAUGAAAGCAUCAACUAAAGGGCUGGAAGGGAGACGGAGCUGGGAUGGGACUGAGUACAGCUUGGGAUGAUCCGCGUCUAUGGGCCCGACUCCAAACAAUUUAUUUUCUGACAUGUAUAUCGAGGUCUAUCGUUGUAUUCAUAUUCAGAUUGUGGUGCCAUAGAAGUGUUGAGGUUGUGUGACAGUGUGGGUGUUCUGAAUUGGCCGGUACCACUGCUCUUACCAGGUAAGAUGCACAUGAGAAGGUGUCUGGACUGUUGAGGCACUUAGUUGCAACACUGAUAAAUCGAAAGUGGAGAGGGGAGGAUUUCCUGCACUUUAUUUAUAAAAUUAUCCACAGAUAUAUAUAUAUAUAUAUGGAGUUGAGCUUGUCGAUGUUGUACAAAAGCUGGGAACACACUUAAGGUCUUGUUAAUGAAAAACCACUGGAGGGUCACAUUCUGCUGUGUAAAGAAAAAAGGCAACAAAACCCUUAGGAAACCACAUUUAAAGAUUUUGAUCUGCACAUGCACAUAAGUAUCAGUCCCUUAAACAGGUCUGAUAUUUUCCUGUCUAGAUAAGUUUUCUCUGAGAUAUCAGCGAUGUUGAAAAACAUACUCUUGCUAUAUUAUUUGAUUGAAUGGGUUCUUCCUGGUCCUAUAUCUGAGUUUUUGUAUAAUCUUGCCAAAUAACAAAUGCAGAUGAAAACAACCUCCUUGGAAGAGAUAAUAAAUCUAAAAGGGUUUGGAACUAAACUGGAAUGAAUCAAGGUUUAAAUCCUACAAGUGCAGGAUUAAUGUAUUUAGGUAACACCCUGGUUUAGAAUUUAGUUUAUUUAAACAGAAAAAUCAUAGACAUCUUUUUAUUUCCUUAAGUGUUAUGUUAGAAGUCUUGUUUUAAACAUGAGUAAAGAACAAACCUAACAUGGUGGAGUGCCAGCAGCACAUGGUGACCCGAUAACGUAGAGAAACAAAGUCUUCACUGCCAAACUGGGGUUUUUAAAUCAUGAGGCACAUUCCCAGUUACGUUAAAGGCAAAUCGUUUUUCCCGAUCAUGACAAACUCAUUGCACAACCUGUAGAAAUACUACUUUUAAAGUCUAUUUUAAUACUUCAUGUGUACAUAGUGUGUAGUUUGGUUACUGAUUUAGUUUUAAAAAAAAGGUGUGAGGUUCUAAUUCUUUAUACUCUCUAGCUGGCGUUUAGUUUUGUAAACUGAAGCGAGACGUGCAAUCUGAAGAAGGCCGCCUGUAAAGAUAAUCUCGUAGAUGAGUUUUGUAUGACAAGUUUGUGUGUUUUUGUGGAAACCAAUGUGCCAUUUGUUCUUUUAAUCACUACCUUCUGAGGAAACACGUUCCGGGAGGAAUUGUACAGAGAGAAUAUCGAUGUUGUGACGAAAGAAUGUAAAUAAUAUAUCUGAAAACACC